AAAGCCUUGCUUUCCUGUGAAAGUCACAGAUGUGCUGCGACUGCCAUGAACUCUCUAGACUACGAUGGCAGCACCGCUUUCCUGGGAGACUGGGGGCCUUUCCAAAGGACGGUGUUCACUCUUUUGUGUUUGAGCAUUAUUCCCAAUGGCUUCAGCGGGAUAUCCAUGGUGUUCAUUGGCGAUACACCCGCUCAUCACUGCCUCAUUCCCGCGGCUCUGAACAUCACUGAUGAAUGGAGAAACGCGUCUAUUCCUCUGGACGAGGAUUCUCAACUCACUAAAUGCUCAAGACACCGAGUGGACAUCGUGAAGAACUAUUCGGACAGAGGUUUGCUCCCGUGGGUGGAUGUGAAUGUCUCGUCUAUUCCUCGAGAAGCCUGUGUGGACGGCUGGGAGUAUGAUAAAGAAACAUACAUCUCCACCAUUGUUACAAAGUGGGAUUUGGUGUGUUCAGAUGACUGGAGAGCUCCAUUGACCACCUCACUCUUCUUCUGUGGUGUUUUGACUGGUUCUGUCAUCUCUGGACAGAUUUCUGACAGGUUUGGCAGGAAAAUAGUGCUGCUUGUUACCAUGGGGAUUCAGACGGUAUUCACCUUCAUUCAAGUCUUCUCCCCAUCUUGGUUGAUUUUUUGCUUGUUGUUUUUCAUUGUUGGAAUGGGCCAAAUUUCAAAUGAAGUUGCAGCAUUUGUUUUAGGAGUGGAAAUAUUGAGCCCAUCCAUUCGUGACCACUUCUCCACUCUUGGCGUGGGUCUUUCCUUUUCAAUUGGGUAUAUGAUUCUUCCACUGGCUGCCUACUUUCUGCGAGACUGGAGAAUGUUGCUGAUGGCCCUCACCGUCCCUGGAUUCUUUUACAUAGCCCUUUGGUGGUUUAUUCCAGAGUCUCCUCGAUGGUUGCUGUCUCAAGGGAGGGUUGACGAGGCCGAGGCAAUUCUGAGAAAGGCUGCCAAGAUGAACGGGGUUAAAGCCCCUGAUGUCAUUUUCCCCCUGCUUCAGUCAAGGGAAAAUGCUGGAAAGUUGCAGACCUACAGUCUCUGUGACCUGGUGAAGUCUUGCAACAUCUGCUGCAUAACUGUCCUGCUGUGCCUGGUUUGGUCGACUGUUUCGAUUGGAUACAGUGCCUUGUCUUUGAACACGUCCAGUCUGCAUGGUAACAUCUACUUGAACUGCCUCCUGUCAGCAGUAGUGGAAGUGCCUGCGCUCAUCGUGGCCUGGCUGAUGUUCCGUCACUGGCCACGCCGCCUCUGCUUGUCCUCCACCCUGUCAUUAGGAGGACUGGUUCUUCUCUUCAUACACCUCAUACCACAGCAUAUGAGCUCUGUUACCAUUUCUCUGGUAAUGCUGGGAAAGUUCGGCCUGACAGCAGCAUUUGCGAUUGUGUACCCAGUUAGUGCAGAGCUUUACCCCACCAUUCUGAGGAACACGGCUUUAGGAACCUGCUCCAUGGCAUCCAAAGUCAGCAGCAUUUCUGCACCAUACAUCCUCUACUCAGGAGGCUCUUUGCCGUACAUCUUAAUCGGCAGUCUGAAUGUUCUCUCCGGGUUGCUCAGCCUUCUGCUUCCGGAGAGUCUGGGAUCACCUUUACCAGAGACUAUCAGUCACAUGCAGAGAGUGGUUUGGUCUAAAAAAAGACAUUUUACCUACAGUCCAACCAACAGUAAAUGUGAAGAGGAGCAUGAGUCUGAAAACUUAUCCUCUCCACCAUCUGAGAGCACUUCAGCACAAGUUGAGUUUGAUCGGGAGCAAAUCUGACCAGCAGAGGGCAACUCAGACUUGCAGUGAACAGCGUUAGAUUUCUACACAUAUUUUUAUCUGAAUAUAAUGCCCAUGCAGUGUUUUUGGCUUUGCUGUGCUGCUGAAGACCUCAAGAGGGAUGAAUAUGUAUUUAUCUGGGUCAGACUGUUCAAGCAAACAGCGGGAUGAUUAAUAUACAACUCAUCCUCUUAUGGAACAUACCUAUGUGAAAUUAAGUUAUGUAAUCUGCACUUCACUGAUGAUUUUAAUUUCAGUCUUGAAAAUGAGAAGCCAAUGAUGCCUUGCAGUGCCCGCUAAAGAGGAAUAUAUGACAUUUUACAUGUAAUUUAAUGGGAAGAGACCUCAUGCAUGGUUUUCAUGAUGAAUGAUCUCUUGUCGUCCACUUGGAGAUGGUUUGGAUGAUAUGUGGUUGUGUCCACAGGUUAAUGAAUCAUACCAAUAGCAGGGGCUUCGGAUGUCUGAACAAAAACAGCAAGUAAAGAAAUCACAUGUGUAUAUUAGAUCUGUGUAUUAAAGUGAAAGCAGCCUACUGCUGUAUAUGCUGUUAAUGUGAAUCAAACAACAAAAGAAAAAACAAAAUUACUCACUGCUCUUGAUUGAAUAACUUUAGUAGCUUUAAUGAGAAUAUAUUACUUACUUGAAUGCUGAAGCUAAAUGCUCUGGCGCGUUCUUCACU